CAACAAAGUGGAGACUCUUCGAAUGAAAUGCAAGCCUCAGCGCAAGUAGAUGGCUGCUAAUGAGAGGGUGGGCCAACGAAGUACCCACUCUCCAUGUUCACAGUCUGGACCUUGGCACACAACACUCAAGAACUGGAGUCGGCGCGUCGAAUCGGGAGAAAAAUCACAGCCCGGGCCUACCAGAGAGUGAAGGAGAGAUGAGUGCCUAUCUCUCCAUCCACCCAGCGAUCUGGCACAUGUCGGAGAGAAAGAAGACGGCAGAAGCAGUUGGCAGAGAACCUGGUCUUGCGAGUGAGGCGAGAGCUACACGAUCGGUGAGGACGAGGUAGAGAGGUGGUGGGAGAGAUCCGGUCUCGGAUCAGCUUCAGCAGAAGAGUUUGAGCAGAGAAUGGAAGGACUGCGUCGACAAAGGACGACUCUCAGCUCGCGAGCUGACCGUCAAGUUGGGAGAGAUGGAGGAAGUCACUAAGUCUCUACUGAUAAAGCCAAUCUACGGGGGCGUCCCACGUUAGACACCAGAAUCUCACACCCUCUUCCUCGUCCGUCCUGUUCGCCGGAGCCGGCAUCCUGGCCACACCCACAAACGUAGAACGAGGUCAGGAUCAGCGAUUGUGCAGGUUCCAAUGACCACCACCACAUGACAGACAUCUCCAGAAGAAACAGACCAAGGGAGGAUAAGUUUCCAGACUAGCCCCUCACCUCAUCGCUACACUCAGCCCCCAACUAGAGAGAGGAGGGAGAAGAAGAGAGGAGGAGAGGGACUCGCGAGCAUGCAGGGCACCCCUCUCCCUCCACCCCUCCUCCACACACACCUCUCAGACACACACGGACAGAGAGAGGUGGGGAGGGGAGUGAGGCAGCGUGGCAGGUGGAAGAUUCCCCGGCCACCAACAAGACAAGAACCACUGCCGUUUAGUCCACUGAUGUUCCACACGCCUCCAUGCCAUCCCUAGCAUCAUGGAGGCCAACACUGCCAGAAAGAAGUAAGCCCCUCGCAUAAAAAAUACAUGUGAAAGCGCCUUUAGCAUGUGCUCAAGUCGGUGGACAAUGUGAAAUAUAAACUGCAGACACCUGCUGGGUCUCCUGAAGGAGCUGGGACUGAGCUCACCAGCUGCUGCUCCCACUCCCCAGCCGCACCACCACAACAGGUACACCACUGGGAGACAGAAUGUGUGUGGUGUACUCUGUUUACUCGGUUCUCUCAGUUCAACAGUGGAGUCCAGACUGGUCGCCCACGCCAUUCAAGACCCCCUCCGCUCACACAGACACUCUCGUGCACGCACCUCGUCUCUCCCUCCCAUCAGCGUUCCCUCGAGGAUCAGUGGACCUCUCGCCGCAAUCUACUAACUCUGCAUUUUGUACAGCAUCGAUCAUCAGUGGAGGAGGGCGUGGCUUAUAAAGUGCGCAUGCGUAAUUAGUUACGUAGUUAGGGUGGGUGGAGUUUACGUGCAUUCUUGUUUGGUGUGUUUAUGAGCGAGAGACAGCGAUCAGAAAGAAUAUUCGGACGUCUACCUGGCUUGCUUGAGGAGAGACAAACCGACAGGGAGCUAGAGAUGCCGAAGACGCGAAGAGAAGAGGGCGGACUGGGAGACUGGUCGAGUACGGGGACGUUUCUGCGGAAACCGUCCUCGGGCUGGCUGCACGAUGACCACGAGCUCCAGGACCAGUCCUCCAUCAACUACAAGAUCAAGUACCUGGGCUGCAUCGAAGUAUGCCAGUCAAUGAGGACCCUGCAGUACAACAUGAGAACACAGGUCACCAAAGAAGCUAUAGCACGGAUGGCAGAGUCUGCUGGUAAACUACAUCAGCACAAAAGAAGAAAGAUUCCAAAGCAACUCAACAGACUGCUGGGAGAGGCAGACACCAGAUGGGCAGGGGAGGUGAACUUGGCUGUGAGUGCGGAGAGCCUGAGGAUCAGCAGUGCCUCCAAUGACAGGGAGAUAAUGAACCACUCUCUGCCGUCGAUAUCGUUUGCCUCUGGUGGAGAUGGGCCAACUCUUGACUUCAUCGGUUAUGUGGCCAAAGACCCAGUCCAUGAAAGAGCUUGCCAUGUGUUUGAGUGUGUCCAGUGCUCUCAGUACGUUCUGACUACCAUCGGACAGGCCUUUGAACUACGCUACAAAAUGUACCUCAAUUCUCCCCACCCUGAACCACUGCAGAUCAGGAACACGAUCAGGACGGGUGAUUCCUGGUCCCAGUCGGCUCACGUCACUCACGAGGACAAAGGAGCCUCUCCGCAGGGGGAACCCCCUUUCAGCCCAACCCCGGGGGCCGGAAUUUACUCUGAUCUCCCCGAGUUCCCCGCGGACCCCGUCCCCUCCCCCUCCUCCAAGGAAUCACAUGGCCUUCCAUCUCUGACGACAGUUUCUGGUCCAAGAUCUCGUAUCUACAGCCAACUCCCUGGAUUCCCUACGGUAGCUGAAGAUGAGGAGCCGCUCUCAAACGGAACUGGUCACGCAAGACUUGACAAUCCUUACGACACGAUCCACAUGUCCAGGGCUCACAGAGACACGCCCCUUUUCCCUCCCUCCGGGGUCUACUCCGAACCUGGAGAGAUCACAUCCUCUUGUGAAGAGGCUAAUUACAGCGCCAGGAUGAUGACGAUAAAGCAGUCGCCCAUGACCUCUGCGAACUCUGAACUCAUUGACCUGACUCCGCCCCUCGAUCAACCUAAUCAUGUCUACAGCAACACAGGUGCCAGUAUCCACAAUGGGACUGCGUCUGCAGGACCAACAAAGACGUCUCCUCCGCCUAAACCACGCCCCUUGCCACGCCCAAUGCCACGCCCAGCAAAGAAGCGUUUGCCGUCCUCAUCAUCGUCGGAGUCAGCGGAGGUCAUUUACGACGACCCGACAGGCUCGUUGUCUGCUGUGAAACCUCCAGGUCGCGAGGCUGCCAAUCUCCAUGGCAACGACUACGACGAUCCGGACGCACUCCACACGUCCCCCCUCACCUCUCCACCUCUUCCCACAUCACUCCACACCUCCUCCCCUCCCAUUCCACGGUCUCCUAGGAGACCGGCUGAUGAGAGUGUCUAUGACGACAUACAGGAAGUUAUCGCUGCAAGACCCAAGAAGCGAUCGUCCCCUCCUCCUCUCGUGCCAAAGGCUCGGAAAUCACCUCCCCCACCGGCCCCCAAUGGAGGUCAGGGUUCAGGGGGGCCAAAACCUGUGCCCAGAGGACCCCCCAGGUCGCGGGGGGUGCCCCCACCAAACCUCCCCCCUCCUCCAAUAUAUGAUGAUCCAAGCACAGUCAUCCACAGCAACGGAUUCGCUGGGAGGGGGAGAAAUGAGGAGGGAGCACAGGGGAAGGCGUCACGAACGAGGACACCAAAGUUUGACGACACAAUUUACGCCAUUCGUCCGGACGUGGGGUUUGGGGGCGGGGCUGCAGCUGAGGAGGAGGAGGAGAGGAACGGGGCAGCUGGCAACACGGGUGAGUGGCCUUCUGAACAUCUUGUGCUACAUGAAUUCACAAAACGAGGGGCUGCCGAAUCAUGCCUUCACCUCUGAACUCUGCCACAAUGAGUGUUCUACAUUACCACAGUGCAUCAUAGCCAUCUUUCCUAUAUCAUUUCAGUCUCCUUAGAGAACCCCCAGCCAGACCCCCUGGCCCCACUGCCGACUCAGCACUAUUACCACGGUCGGAUAAGUCGUGUGGAGUCGGAGGCUCUGCUGGAGACAGAGGGAGAGUUUCUGGUGAGAGAGAGCACCAAGAUACAGGGACAGUUUGUUCUCUCUGGCAUAGCUCAGGGCGGGGCUCAGCACCUUCUGCUGAUGAACAGAGCUGGCAAGGUGAAGUCGAAGGACCAUGAAUUUGACAGCAUCCCCCACCUGGUGGACUAUUUCACAUCUCGAGACGUUCCUCUGGUCAUCGGGAAGAGCCAAGUCUUCCUCAGACGACCUGUCGUUAAUGCAUACCCCACAGGCGGCAGUGGGCGUGGUCAAUGACAUCAUCCCUGUCUCUGUGUGAUCCGUUGUCUCCAUGUCUUGUGUCCUCCUUUUUUACUUUGUCUUGUUUUAUUUACUGU